AUGUCCCAAGCCACUCACAUCAUCCGCUUUCUUGCCCAAGAAGACAAUAGAAUCCAUUUAGGUCAAUUAGUCGAUCCCACACGAAACGUUGGUCUCGACAGCUAUGACGGCAAAGAAAUCAAAGCAUAUCUAAUUAAUGGCUCGUUGUAUAACCCUGAAGUCACCAAGCAUGUAUACACUGUCAAGACGCUACUUUCGCCAGUAUCGAAGGAGGAUUGCAACUACAUCCGUUGUCUAGGAUUGAAUUACAAAGACCAUGCAGCGGAAGCGAAGAUGGCACUCCCUCAGGCUCCUAUCUUGUUUUCAAAGCCUCGGACUGCCCUUGCCGACCCCUAUCCUGCGGCCAUACCAAUUCCGAAAGCCGCACAGGAUGGUACAUCGGACUACGAAGCUGAAUUAGCUGUUGUGAUCGGCAAAGAUGGUCGCGAUAUUCCGGAAGCCAAAGCUCUCGAAUAUAUCCUUGGAUACACAGCCAGUAACGAUGUCAGUGCACGUGCCUUGCAGAUGACGACUAGCCAGUGGGGCUUCAGUAAAGGCCUAGAUGGUAGCUGUCCUUUAGGUCCUGUACUGGUGACCAAAGAUGCCAUCCCAGAUCCGCAGACCCUGGGCAUCAAGGCUAUCUAUAACGGGCGCACUGUUCAGGACGGAAACACAAAAGACAUGAUCUUCACAAUUGCAAAGCAGAUCAGCUAUCUUUCGCAAGGUACAACGCUGGAGGCAGGGACUGUGAUAUUAACCGGCACCCCAGCUGGGAUUGGCUAUUUCCGUGAGCCAAGGGUUGUGCUCGAAGACGGAGGCGAUAUUCGUAUUGAGAUUGAGAACAUCGGAACUCUUGUAAACAAGGUCCGAUACGAAGAGUGGUGA